UAGUUGGCACUUGGGAGCAUACCAAUGAAACCCUUGCUGUGCUUGAGGCCUAUAUACCGCGUUACUUUGCGGAUGCCUCUAGAAUGUAUUACUCUGGUCUCCAUAUGGAAAAAUCGAAUGAUAAUCCCAUGAAACCGCACAUUAGGCAGGAGAUCAUUGACAUGGUGCGUCGUAAUUUUACGCGCGAAAUCGAAUUCUAUCAAUUUUGUCGACAGCGGCUGCAUAAACAGUAUCUGGCAUUAAAACUGAACGAUCUUAUGCGCAUGGAUGAUAGUUUAGUCAAUUUAAAGCAAGCCAAUGAACUUGCCAUUAGAGAUUAGGUAGCUUAAGUAGUGAAAGUUAAUAAAAGAAAUAUGCAAUUUAUUUAAUUGAAAAAUCAAGCUGACUUUGUAAGUGCUUUUAAUUUUGCCUAUCAGCAAAUUUUAGGAAUGAUUAUUGAUUUCCUUUUCAUGGAAUUUAAUCGCUGUCUUGCUUUUAACUUGACCUAAACGCAGUCAAGCAACUUGCUAUUGCCUAUCAAUAUCUUAAGCGGUCUCUGCACACUAACUUGUCUUCAAACUCGAGACUAACACAAAACCGAACAAAAGGCGAAUAUUAUAGUGAAUCCAAAUUUAAUUCCUGCC